AUGACGAACGAUGUCGGCAAUUCUAAGGUCGAUGGGCUAUCCGGUGUUGUGAAACAUGGUAUCGCCGCUGAAGAUGUUGUAUUCUUCGGUGAUAAUGCGAUUGCGAUGUGCAGUCUGCGCAGAAGGAUGGGAUCAUGGCCGUUCUGUACGAUGAAAAACAGCAUUCUCGCUUGGAUGGUCUCAAUGCAUUACAAGUGA